AUGUCUUUUUCUUGGGACUGGCAUAGGUUCAGAGGUGAGAAUUGUCACUCCGUUCUCACCUCUCUCACCCCAGUCUCGAGACUUCUCACCCAUAUCACCCGCACUCACCCUAGAGUGUCGCAGCGUCGCUUAGUACGGCUGAGCGAACGGAAAGCCCUGUUUUCCACACCCUAUGGUCGUAUGUACUAG